UCCCAAAGAAAAACAAUUUUUUGCGAAAUCGGCCUUAAAUUUGGUAUCGUGGUAUGGAUCUUAAGCUGUCCUCCAAACUAAACGAAUACGGAAAUUCUUUUAAACGAACAUGCCGAUUAUGUGGUCGCAUGGGAAGAAGGUUUACAGAUAUAUUUGCGGAGUUACCUACUGGAAAGAACACCACGUCGGAAUUGCCUGAAUUGAUUCACAGUUGUGUGAAGCUUCAAGUGAAAGAAAACGAUGGCUUGCCUAAAAAGCUCUGCGGAGACUGCAUGAAAAAAUUAUUUUCUUGGCAACAAUUUUAUAUAAAAUGCUGUGACACACAAAGAAAAUUAGAAAAGAAUUUCACUGACAGAAUCAAGAGACUGAGUGAAAAUAAUGCAGAGAAUUCAGAUAAUAAGGAAAAUUUGUGUACUGAGUUAGAAUUUCAUUCUGAGAGAAUUAACUCCUCAAAUGAAUCAAAGGAACCAAAGAAGAAUACUUGUGGACCUAAGAAACAAAGUUCAAACAAAAAAUAUUCAGCUGGGUCAAGAAAAGCUAAACGGCAAAAAUGCAAGACUAAGUAUCAUAAAAUAUCAUCUAGUUGCAGGGUUGUUGGUGCAGCUAUUUCAGAUUCUGGCCACACAAAAAGUGCCACUGAAUGUGUUGGUGCAAGUGGUGUAGUACAGAUUAGGUCAGAUGAUAAGCAAAAUAUUAUAGAAUCAGCUGAAGAUAAGGGUUGCACUGAGGAUUUAAGAAGUACUCCUCUGAAAGAGGAUGGUUAUGAAAAAGAAAGUGAGAAAAAUGUGGGCAAUACUGAAGCCAUGGAAGUAUCAUUCUCAGGAGUGCCAGGAGAUCCUGUUGAUUCAUUAAAUAGGGAAAAAGAUGAUGUCUCCUCAGAGGAAGUAGAAAUUCGCUCAGCUGAUCAAUGCAGUGCACAGGGCCAGAGUGAUCCAAGCAGAUUUGCUAGUUAUGAAGAAGAAAUCAAGACACAAAUCUCUGAUAAAAGUAAUUCUGAAAAUAACAGUAAUGAUCCAUUGUCAAAAAAAUCAAAAGUAAAUGAGAAGAGUAUCUACCAUUGUCAUAUAUGUGAGAGAAACAUUUUGCACAAGUAUAGAUAUGAUUUGCAUAUGGCCAUGCAUGAUCAUAAACGUGAAUAUAAAUGUGAUAAAUGUUCCAAAAAAUUGAGAAGCAAGUGCUCCUUGAGGUACCACAUGAUGACACAUUCAGAGAACCAUAAUUACUGCUGCCAUGUUUGUGGGCAGCUGUUUCGCAGUGCUUCAUCAUUGUGUAAUCAUGUUCGGUUGCACAGUGAAGCCAAACACCAUGUUUGCUCAUUGUGUGGAAAAGCAUUUCAUCAGAGCUAUUCAUUGCAAGUCCACAUGAGAUCACACACAGGAGAGAAGCCAUAUUCUUGUUCAGAAUGUGAUCACCGCUUUGCUUAUCGCUCCAAACUGAAUUUACACAUUAAGACUGUGCAUCAUCAGAUCAGGAAGAAGAGAUGCAAUGCCUGUGGUAAAGAAUUGCAAAAUGAUGCUGAUUUUCAAGAUCACAUGCUUGCUCAUCACGGCAUAAGAAAUAUGAAAUGUGAUAUCUGUGGCAAAUGUUUCUUCUCCAAAAACAGCUUGUUUCGACACCGUAGAUCACAUACUGGUGAGAAGCCAUUUGAGUGUGGAAUUUGUGGGAAACGAUUUGCUGAUUGGAGUAAUCGAAAACGACACAUGGAUCGACAUCAAAAACCAGGGCUGGUACCCAGUUCAGAAUUGCAGGGAACGAAAAGACCCAGUACCAGGAAAACUGAUUUAGUAAUAAGCAGUGAAGAAGGGAAAGUAUCUACUGUCGUUGGCUGGUGAGAUCACGUGAUGUGGGCUAUGACUGGCUGACAAAAGCACAUCGCAAUCUUGAUUUUAGUGCUUCAGAAGCUACCGUGCU